AAAUACAUUCCUUCACAGUGCAACUUUAGUUAUGCUCCUAAUCCUGUGCCUUUGGUGCCAGGUCUUUCCUUGACACAGGUCACUAUUUUCCACAGGCAUGGAGACAGAGUAACAACUGAAGGCGGAAAGUGUUGGGAAGAAGAUUCAAUGGAGACUGACUUUGAUUGCAAGUUAAAAGUGGGUUUUGUACUUUUAAACGAAAGCGACGUUUCUCCUACAAGAGCGUACUUACAACGUUAUGAUAACAGAGACUCAUUUCCAUAUAAAAACUGUUACCCUGGGCAACUUACCUCUAAGGGCUACGAAAUGCAGACAGAAAACGGUAAAAUGCUGCGGAGUUCUUAUGUGGAAUCCGGUUUUCUUUCGUCCACUCCCUUGAAUUCCGAAUUGUACUUGCGGGCAGACACUGUGCCCCGUGUUAUUCAAUCACUUCAAGCACUUAUUAAUGGGAUGUACCCUAUAGACAACUUGAGCGCACUGGAAUUCAACACGCAAGCACUUGAGCUUGAUCCCAUUUGGGGUUAUGAUUUCUGCGCGAAAUCCAGAAGUUAUUCGGAAGAGUUUGAACAGUCUGUUAGCCCUAAAAAGAAGCAGCUGGAUGCUCAGCGCAAAAACUUUUCUAUAAUAUUGCAUAGACAAUUUGGAACUUUUUCAGAGAACUUAGACCACCUUUGGGAUUGUAUGAUCAUGCAUAAAUGUCACGGCUAUGAAACUCCGCUUACCAAAGAAAAUUUAGAGCUGGAAAAGGACUUUAUAGAAAAAAUGAGCUUUAUUUACGCCGAGACUACAGCGCUCAACGGCACGUACCCUACUUUAGAAAAAAAGUCUCGAGUUUCCAUAGGGAUUUUACUUAAAGAGUGGAAAGAUCGCUGGGAUAUAGCCGUAAUGCAGGCCAAACAGCGAUUCUCUAUCAAUAACACAGGGAAAGAUACCAAUUCUAAUGAUGUAGAGUACCACCAGAGUAUUUCUAGGAACCUUUCAUUUCACAAAUUUGCUGAGUAUAGCGGUCACGACUUGGGCCUCCUGUCCAUCUUGAUCGCCUUUGGUUUUUCCCAGCAGAACUGGCCGAGAUACUCUUCGUUAUUACAGUUUGAGUUGUACGAGGAAGAUAAUUUAAAAACUGAACCAAACUUUUUCCUUAGGCUAAUUUACAACGGUGUAGAAACUCCUUUUCCUUUUUGCGGAAAGUUUUCUAUCCAAAACUCGCAUCAUUUGUGUCCUUGGGAAGUCGUUAGAGACUAUUUAGAUAAAAUAACUCCUACUAAUAUUAGUGCUGAGUGUCAGAAUGAUAGAAACCCAGGCGAAAACGACACGAAGGAAGACUAUUCUUCUCGAGUUUAUAGUAUUAACAAGUGGGAAGUGGUGACUAUAUUGCUUGCUAUACUACUGAGUGUAGGCUUAGGGGCUUUAAUUGGUUAUUAUUUUUUCAAAAAAAAUAAAAACAUUCACCCUUACAAUGACGACCUUGUGGGAGAAUCGGAAGAAAGUUGGGAAAAUAAUUUAAUUUAA